AUGUCGAAGUCGAAUUGUCCAUCUCAUUUAUCUUCCACGGCAACAACACCAGAUUUAGAUUUGAAUAACAUUCAAAUUCAAACUCUCAUGGACUUUCGUAAUCAAACAAACUCCAAUGAUAAACGUUUGAAUAAUGUCAACUAUGUUCGACAAGUUUUGCGGCGAUUUUUUGGUGUGUACAAUAAAAAAUCAACAUCGAGCAAUUCUACAGAUGAUAAUUAUUCGAACAAUUUAAUGUCGCCGAUAUUAAUUCAUCCAUGUUUACAAUCGAGUAAACACGCAAAAUUUUCCGGUAGAGAAAAUUCACGUCCAAAAAACCACGAAGGUUCACGAGAUUUGACUUUGUUUUUAGGUGACUUAUUAGUCGACUGGUUUUUAGUGCAUUUCGAAGAUCGUCAUGACAAUCUUCCACUGAUUAAACAAAUCAUUUUACAAUGUUGUACAUGUCUAAUUGGACUUGAUGUUCUACGACGAGAAGAUCAACAAGAGACAGACUUGUUUCAGACACAAAGCAUCUACUCAUGGACAACUAACCAUAAUACAGAUAUGGAAUACUCUUCCUCAUCGCCAUCCGUUAUUAAUGAUAAAGCGAAAGAGGCAGGCCAAACAGUUAAUCACCAUCUGAUCGAAAGCAAAGAAUAUAAAUAUAAAUCAUCGACAGCGACAACCAUUUUGGAUAUUCUUGCGAGUGAAUACAGUUUUCAUUCCGAUGUUCAACAAAUAGAAAGCAACUCGAUAUCUACCCAAGUCAAUCUUGAGAACAAGAUUGAGAAAAAACAUAUAGCAAUCCAAACAGGUCCAAUCGUCAUAUCUUCCACUGAGAAAUGUUCAACACUUGAUACUGAUUCCAUGUCGUCAUUUAUUGUAUCAAAAACCGAUUCGAAUAGUAAUCCAUCGUCACCGAUAUCGCCACAUCGUGUCGAUGAGAAUACUGUUCGGCAGACUAUGCAAAAACUCUUUCUACAUGAUAAUAUUAACGAUUCAUCGUCGCCCGGUGAUGAUGAUGAUGUUCGUUCACCUUUAACAUCUUCGCAAUCAUUCAAAAACGAUCAUGCCAAGUUUACAAGUGAAUUACUUUUGGAAUGGAUCACGUUGAAUUCUGAUUCAAGAAACUCGAAUUCACAACCAGCCACUGUGCGCUCAAGUAUUAAUAUCAAUUCCAACGACAACGACUUUUACAAACCAUUCAACAUGUCUGCUAGAGGAUCGUUCGUUUCCUGUGCUAACGGGCAAUAUGGACCUUCUUCUUCACUCAUAUCAAAAUAUAAUAUCGACGAUGACGUACGGUCACUACUCUCGGAUCUGGUUAUGCAAGUAGAUAAGAAAUCAAAUGAAAUAGUAUCAACACCACCGGCACCACCUCUUCCGCCUCCUUUGCCACCAUUUUGUCAACCGACAAAACAGAUAAUAACAGCAUCUGCACCUGUAGCACCAGUACUGGGCUUUAGUAGUCCUCCACCUCCACCGCCGAUGAUGCCAGAAUUUAGUGCUCCACUUCAACUGCCACAGUAUUUGCGUAAAAAGCGGAAAUAUUCCGUUAUCGAACCUGUCAAAAAAGUUCAAUGGAGUAAAAUCAAUCCAUAUACAAUCAAAAAAGAAUCAAUGUGGGUCAAUGUCGACGAAGAAAAAUACGUCAAUGAUGUACUCUUCUCCGACAUACGGAAGAAUUUCGCCAGUAAAAUCACUCCGAAUCGACAGCCCAUUCAUGAACUUGUUGAUAAAUCGAAAGAACUGCGUGUACUCGAUGCAAAAGCUGCUCAAAAUUUUGCGAUCAUGUUUAGUCAAUUGAAAGUAACGCCAUCGGUAUUUCGGGAAUGGAUGUUGACGUGUGAUAAUGAAAAUUUGAAAUAUGAUUUUUUGAAACAAUUAGAAAAGUACUUACCAUCAAGUGAAGAGUUGAAAAUUUUAGCGGAUUAUCAACAUGAAAUCAAUGAUUUACAAUACUCCGAACAGUAUUUUUGUGCAAUCGGUGAUAUCAAACGAUUGAAGCAACGUUUAAAAACACUUCUUUUCAAAGCAAAUUACAAAGAAACAGUUGAAGAAACAGACAAAGCAUUUGUUGAAGUCCGUUCUGCAUGUGAUCAUGUUCGACAUUCCGUUCGAUUUAAGAAAAUGCUCGAAUUAAUCUUAACUGUUGGUAACUAUAUGAAUUCAAGUGCGAAAUCAUACGAACCCAUCCAUGGUUUUGAUAUCAGUUUUCUGCCCAAAUUACAUUCCACUAAAGCAAAUGAUGGUCGUCGUUCACUAUUGCAUUUCAUUGUUCAAGCCAUUCAGGAUAAACAUCGUGAUCUACUUUCGUUUUCCGAUGAGUUUUAUCUGCUUGCUGAUGGAGUAUCGAAAAUUAACAUAUUGGAACUGCAAAAGCAACCGCAGGAAAUCAAGCGUGAAUUGAAAAAUGCUCGCGAAGAACUAGCGAUUGCCAAAAAUGCAGAAGAUCAAAUUGAAGGCGAUCAAUUUGCUGAAGCUAUAGAAGAUUUCCUAAGCGUUGCUGAUGAUGACGUUGCUCGACUGGAGCAACUCGAUGAGGAAAUGACAAAUGCUUACCAAAAUUUAUGUGAUUUCUUAGCGAUCGAUUUGAAAAAUUAUUCUCUGACUGAAUUCUUUACUGAUCUGAAACUAUUCUGUACUUUCUUUUCCACUUGUUUGCAAGAGAUCCGAGCUUGGCGUGAACAAGCUGUUCGUGCGGCGAAAACAACUCAAAACCUGAUGUCUACUUCACAAUAUUUCGUUCGUACAUCGUCGUCCCGUCGUUUUCCCACACGGUCGGAUUCGACCGAUGAUUUUCUUUUGGCAGUUGCCGAAAGUGGCCUAUCGCCAUCACGUGGUACAUCUCCAUCUCAGACAUAUCGUCGACAGAAAUACUCAAUCAUAUGUCGAGAGAAAGACUCGCGAUAUUCCCGAUGA